AUGUCUAAUAAAGAUAUAAACAGUAUCAACUUCUCAAACAACAUCAAAAAUAUCAUUAAAAACGAAUUCCCCAAAGUCAAGCGUAUUAAAGAAGAAACUAAAACAGCAAUUUCAAUGUGCAUACUAGAAUUUUCUAAAAUCCUGGCUGCUGCUAUUGCAACUGAAUGUGAUAAACAUGGUAAACUUGUUGUUCAAAAGGACGUUGUUGAUGCUUGCAAAACAUUAGGAUUUCCAGAAUAUGCUACUAAGGCAGAAGCAGUUCAAAUGCCAAAGAAGCAAGAAAAGCCAAAACCUAAAGAAACUGGCUUGACACAGCAGCAAAUGAUUGAAUUGCAAAAAGAACUUUAUCGACAAGCAAGAGAUGAAAUCAAGCAUAGAGAAUCUUUUGAUUUCUGA